GAACCCUAGCCUAGAUGGCUCGAGAAUCCCAUAGCUGUCCGCCGUGACUCCACUUGUGUCGGGAGAGUACGGCCAACGAGACAUACCGGGGAUGACCUCGCGAAUAUCUUUUUCGCAGUAUCGACUAGAAGCCGAGAUCGACAAAUAUCGGGCAGAAUGUCAGUGGGAUAAAAUACCAUCUAUGGUGGAACAGCUGGCAGCAGCCCGCUUUCAUGACGACGAUGAUUAUGGCACACUGCUAUUGGCUGAGAGCUUGCUGGAGGAGUGUCUCCUGGAGAACGUGGCGCUACUACGAAGCUCAGCCCCCUUGACCGACAACUCCCAUCCUAAACUGGCCCGUGCCAAAGCACACCUCAACAGUGUCCUGAGCAGAGGGCAUCUGGAGCCAAAGUACUUUAAUGAAGCCCUCCUCCUGAUGGCCAAAGUGCACUAUGCCCAGGGACGUUUCCGGGACUCCCAGGGCAUGUGUGCCCGGACGGGCAUUGAUGAGCUGAUGCGUGAUGACCGCCCCCUCUACCAGCUGCGCCUUCUGGCCGAGGCCUUCGUCAUCAAAGGGCUGUCUCUUGACCAUCAGGCCAUGUCAGCUGCGUCUCGUGUGCGUCUGUCAGAGAGAGACGAGGAGUGUCUCUCCUGCUACCUCAGAGCCUGUGACACAGCCCUGCUCUACUUACAGGAGCUGGACAAGACCGUGAUGACCCCCAGCAGUAGAACAGCUAAGACCAGUGUGUCGUCCCCCCCUGUUGAGGUGGAGCCUGGGUAUUUCCUACAGGCAGCUCUACAGAGUGCAUACCUCUCACUGCUACACAAAGGGCACCUGGCUCAGGGGACCCACCAGCUGCGGCGGGUGCUGAGAGUGGUGGAGUCACGCAAUUCACAGAGUCUCCGCAAGGGAGUAGCGAAGAGGCUAGCGGAGGUGCUGCUGAGCUCUGUGAGUGAGGAUGGCUACUGGAGCCCCAUCACGCCCCCUCCCUCUGCCUGGCUCCACAAGGAGGGGACCAGUCAGUCUAAAGACAUGAUCUACCCAAGCCCCAGACCCCCCCAGAGAUACAGCACCGACAGCUCUUUCUGUCCUCAGGACGUGGUUGAGGAGGCUGUGCUGCUGUUGCUUAUCACGGAAUCCAUGGCCAGUGCAGACGCGGUCCUCACGCUGGCUCCAGAGCAUAAGGAGGCCAGAGAGAGCAGUCUGCAGGAGGCCUCCUCCAUCUACGACCUGCUGAGCAUCAGCAUGGCCAGGAGGGGGCAGUAUGCCAUGCUGUCUGAGUGCUUGGAGCGGGCCAUGAAAUUCUCCUUCAAUGAGUUUCACCUCUGGUACCAGCUGGGCUUGUCACUCAUGGCGAGUGGGAAGGGUAUCGCUGCUGUAUCGGUGCUGAAAGAAUGUGCCAAGAUGAGACCUCAGGAUCCCACUCCCAGCUUACUGGCAGCCAAGAUCUGCAUCAACCAGCUCCACAUGCUUGAGGAGGGCGAGGCGUUGGCUCAGAGUGUGGUUGCCAUGGCAGAUGGGGCAGGAGAGUCCCUUCCCAGGGCACACCUGGCUGUAGGGUUGUGCUGCAGCCUAAGGGCAUCAGAUGCCUCUUUGAAGGCCGAGCGGGAUGAAUACAAUCAACGGGCACUUCAGGAAUUACAAAGAGCUCAGGCAAUGGACCCUCAGGAUCCCCAAAUUGCUUUCUACCUCGCCAUGCAACUUGCACUGGUCAGACAGGUGUCAGCUGCGAUGGAGCCACUGCAGAUGGCUCUGGCUCUGCGCAGCGAUGAGCUGCAUUCCCUCCACCUGCUGGUCCUGCUGCUGAGCGCCCAGAAGCACGAGCAGCACGCCCUCGACACGCUCACACUCGCCCUCAGCCAGCACCCCGAGAACUUCAAUCUGCUGUUCACUAAGGUGAAGCUGGAGGAGGUGGUGUGUGGGACUGCGGUGGCUCUACAGACCUGUGAGGAGAUGCUGCAGCUGUGGCAGAGUCGCUAUGACGGCGUACGCUCCAGUGAGGCAGAUGACACUAGCAGUAUCCCCCCACCAGAACCUGGCCAACUGAGCCGGAAACCCAGUGGCCUCCACCUGACUCUACCAGAUUUCCAGGAGACGGAGACUGGAUCUCAGAGUGCUCCCUCAUUGGCUGUCUCCCGUCUGGAGGCCGCCAUGUCUGAGGUGUCAGCAGUAAGCUCCGCCCACAGACAAGGCCCCGCCUACAUCUGGACCACCCUGGAACGCAUAUGGCUGCAAGCAGGCGAGCUCUUCAUGGCUGAGGGCCGUCUGAAGGAGGCCCAGUUCUGUAUGCAGGAGGCCGGCUCCCUCUUCCCCUCCUCCCACUCGGUGCUGCUGCUGAGGGGGAGGCUGGCCGAACAGCGCGGGAACCUCCUGGAGGCCAAGAGCCUCUACGACGAGGCUGCCGCCAUCAACCCGCGCGGACACCAGAUACUACUGCACCUGGGUAAGCUGCUGGUGCGUCUGGGCCGCGUGCCCCUGGGGGAGAAGGUGCUGCGGGACGCGGUGCAGGCCCAGAGCACGUCGCACGAGGCCUGGAGCGGCCUGGGGGAGGCGCUAGAGAGCCGCGGCUGCAGCCAGGCACCCGACUGCUUCCUCACCGCCCUGGAGCUGGAGGCCAGCUGUCCCAUCAGGCCGUUCACUGUCAUCCCCCGCGAACUCUGACCUGAGACAGACAUACACACACAUACAUACACACACACACAUACAGUAUACACGUGCACACACACACACACACACACACACACUUACACACAAUCAACUAUAUAUACACACCACCAACUGUACAAUGGGGCAUGUUUACACUAAUGUACAGAUGUAAAUGUAUGAGGGCAUGCACAUGCACACCCGCAUACAAACACACAACCACUCCCACGUGCACACACACACACACACACACACACACACACACACCUGCACACGCACACAAAUAUACAUUGUCAUGACACAGUUGUGUUUUCUUGGAUAUAACUCAAUAUUGUCACAUACACACAGGCAGAAAAUACUUACACGCACACACACACAUACACAUGAAUGUACACAGUUUUAAUUCUACAGAUGUAAAUAUAAAUACAUGCGUUGGAAGGUGUCUGUGUUGAUGCUUGUUCAUAAAUGAUCUUAUAUCCAUUUGAA